CUCCAAGUCUCUCAUAAGGUGUCUUUCACAUUCUUGAUUUGUUCAUCAUUGGCAAAAUGGCUUCACUCACUGUUCUUCAUCUUCUUCUUCAUCAUUAUCAUCAUCAUCAUCUUCAUCAACCUCUUCUCUUCAUAUCCUUCAUCCUCAUCAGCUUCUCUCUCCUCUCUCCCUCUUCUUCCUCUUCUCCUUUCAGAGAACUAUCACCAGACAUUGCUCCUCUGCUGCCUUCCCCAGGUGGUGUUUUGCCCACUCCAACCGGUUCAGACAUCCCCACCAUUCCCUCAAGCCCGAGCCCUCCCAACCCGGACGAUGAUCUCACUGCUGCUAGCGGUCCACUCUCUGCACUCUCACCAUUCGGCCCGGUUCAGCCCGAUUCUCAGGCUCCUGCUGCAGUAACCCUAGCUUCUUCUGCAGCAGCCAUGGCCGCUGCUCUUGCAGGUUCUCUAGCUUACUGGUUUAUUAUUGUAUGCAGAGUCUGACACUUGCAUUUUGCAGAAUCACUAUGUGGCUCGUUAUUAUUCAAUUUCUGGUUAAAUUGAUUAUUAUUCUUCUGAUAAUCUCUUUACUAUGUGUUAUAAUUAAUUA